AUGAGCAUAGGAUCAGAAGAACAAGUAUUUCAUGCAACAUUUGAUAACAGACACUAUACAUGGACCUUCAGUAAGACGAGGGGAACUUUUUCUAUACAUUCCUCGUAUGGGAUUAAAUCGAGGGAACAUACAAAUAGGACAAACAAAAACAAGUGGAAAACCGCAAGUGAUGAUGAGUCUUAUGAUAAUGAUAAAGACGAUGAUGCUUCAUGCCGUGUAGGAUCAAGUUCUGAUAGAACUAUUCUUGGUUUGCCUCCAACAGGUCCAUUAAAGAUAGAAGAUGUUAAAAUUGCUUACCGGUCAUCAGCUUUGAUAUGGCAUCCUGAUAAGCAUCAAGGCCCUUCACAGGCAAUGGCUGGAGAAAAAUUUAAGCUAUGUGCAAACGCAUACGAGACAUUAUGCAAUGCUCUCUCCCCAGCAUAGAAGGCAACAUGGCUUCUCAAAGCUUCCUUAUAAUUUCAGUCACUGCUGGUCACCUGUGUAUCUGCAUGUAGGAUCAAAUUUAAUUGGUUGUAUUUUUCCAUCUAUUUUUGUAGUAUCAAGAAGAAUUGUAUUAUACCAUCACCCCCAAGAAGAAUUGUAUUAUUUGAAUAUCAAAAUAUAGACAUUGU